UAUUCAAGUAUAUGGACGCCACUGCACAGCGAUUGUUGCUGCAAACUCCACGAGCUCUACCGAUGCAAUUUUCGAUACAUUCAUGAUUGCGAGUUUGCUUAUUAAGUGAUGAGCUUCUUCCUAAGGUUUCUGAGCAAAACGCAGUGGCAUCGACUAUUCGAAUAAGCAAACAACCGAGUUGCAUCAGCCUGGGCUUGGAUUUAGCUGAUGCCUGAACGCGCUUUCAAGAUAAGACGGGGGGACUGUGAGCAAUGGUCCGAUGGCCAGAAGCCGCGCCUGUAGGCGAGGAUCUCUUUCGCACUGGGCUUCUCUUUGGCUUCCUGCCAGCUAAGGAAAAAGUACCCGGAAGUCGUGAAAUUGAUUUAGAUGUACCCGGAAGUCCUGAAAUUGAUUUCGGUUUUAAAGUGACACGUAUGACUAACAGAUCCGGAUCGGAGGAGGAACAGGCAUGUUUGGUUUCAGAUGGGAAUCGAAACAUUUAAGCUAAGUUGAACUGAAUUUCUGUAUUUUGUAAUUCUGUAAAAAAAAACUCAAGCAAAAGUGACUUCGUGGCUGAUAACCAAUAAUUAGCUUCCCACGAAAAAAACUGUGAUGUUUUUGUUGUUUGAAAAGUUCAAUUGAUGGCUUUUGCUGUGUAUGAUAAUGGCGAGAAGAAUGCCAGCAUGGGCUUCAGCCGUCCUGGGAACUCACAGACUGACUUAACAAUCAACAGGACUCACCCCAAUGGGACAUACUGGUCAAAGUUAGAAGCUAAGUCAUGGAUUCCCUUUUUGUUCUUUGGCACAUGCCUACUGUACUGUGCCAGAGUGACGCUGCCCAUCUGUGUAUCUGCCAUGGCAGAACAAUUCGACUGGGACAAGAAACAGUCUGGUAUUGUACUUGGAAGUUUCUUUUGGGGCUACUGUUUGACGCAAAUAUUAGGUGGCUACAUCAGUGACAGAUUGGGUGGAGACAAAAUACUUAUGCUUUCAACUUGUGCCUGGGGAUCAGUAAUCAUCUUAACUCCACUCGUCGUGCACAGGAGCUCUGCGCCGAUUGUUCUUUUGACAGCAUCCAGAUUCCUUAUGGGCUUGUUACAGGGUGUAUUUUAUCCAUCCCUAACAAGUUUAUUCUCCAAUAAAGUGCGAGAAAGUGAUCGAGCGUUUACCUCCAGCACUGUCUGCACAGGUGCUCAAGUUGGAACGUUAUUAAUCGGAGCUGUAGGAUCCGUUUUAUUGCACAGAUAUGGCUGGGAGAGUGUUUUCUACUUCUCUGGUCUCCCCUCCAUAUUGUGGGCCUAUUGCAUGUGGAAAUAUUUCCUUAAAGGAGAAGACCAGAUAAUAUCUUUGGAAAGUUUGGGCAACAGUCUAGUGAAUUCAAAGAACAAUAAAGUUCCAUGGAGAAAAUUGUUUAGAAGCGCUCCUGUCUGGGCUGUCAUUGUAGCCCAUGUUUGCAUGGGUGGCACUUUUUUCUGCCUUUUGUCAUGGAUGCCAACCUUCUUCCACGAUUUAUUUCCUGAGUCUAAGGGUUGGGUUUUCAAUGUGGUCCCAUGGGCUGUUGCCAUUCCUUUUUCCUUGUUUGGUGGCUUGCUGACUGAUCAUCUGAUCAGACUUGGGUUUGACACCGCUAAGGUGCGUAAGUUAAUGCAGGUGAUUGCCAUGGGAUUAUCCAGUAUCUUUACCAAAUUAUUGAGUUACUCAGGCAACUAUUAUCAAGCCUUAAUAUUUCUGUCUGCUAGUUUAGGACUUCAGACUUUCAGUCACAGUGGUGUUUCUGUAAAUGUUCAAGAUUUGGCACCGUCAUGCGCAGGCUCACUAUUUGGUAUUAUGAAUACUGGUGGAGCCUUGUUUGGGGUUGCCUUUGUGUACCUCGCAGGUUACAUCAUAGAGACGUCAGGAUCCUGGCCGUCUGUUUUCAAUUUAAUCAGUAUCAUGAAUACUUUUGGCCUUUCUGUCUUUCUAUUCUUUGGUCAAGCAACACGGGUAGACAUUUAAGCAAUGAUUUCAGAUGAAAUUGAAUCCUAAAGUAAUUCACAAGUAACCUUCAAGGGAACAAGGCAAGAAAGUGCUUUUAAGAUGUUAAUUUUCUAAUUAUUGUUUACCAGAAACAAGGACCAGUUAAUUUUAUCAUUGUUAUCUAUUGUUUAUGAAGAAUUUGCUGCUGAAAUGCAACUUUGACAGAAAAGAGCAGUACUUUGUGUGCACACAGAUGUUUAUGCUUUUUUAGUGAUUUUGUUUUGUUGGACAUUUUUUUACAUGAAUAUUUAUCUGAAUGUAAAAAUAUGAAUGUAUGACAAAAAUAAAAUGACUUGUCCGUAUGACAAGAUACAUAUGUUUUCUUAAAGGGAAAAGGAGGAUUCCAACUUUUAGGGAAUCGAGGUUCAGUUCAGAAAGAAGGUAGAUGGUCUAACCUUUGCCCUUUCAUUUUAUCAGCUGUUUCAUCAUUGACCAAAGACUUGCAGUGGGCACCUUUUUUUCCAGUUAGCAUAUUUAAUCUAAUAUUAGUAACUUGUGUUAGAACAAGAGUUGUUAGUUACUAGGCAGAUGUAUAUUUUAACAUUCCAUUUUCUCUAAUAAUAGCAGCACAGUUGUCAUUUCAUUGUUUAUCUUUUUAUCUUGGUUGUUAGUUUCACAGCUCAGACCAAAUUUCUAAACACAAUGUCCAAAGUCUAAUUAUGUAGUUUAUUUUCAUUAAAGGCCUCUACAUUGCUGCAUAUUUUUAUGCAAUGUAUUACAUGUCUGUAUAAAAGUUGAAUAGUUCUGAUGUUAAGAAUGACUGGCUUAAACUAAGCUGCAUUCAAUUAUUCAGCCAAAUUUUUACUGGCCUUUGCAUGUGGUGUGUUAUUACUGUCAGCUUAUUAUUGCAGUGAAAUCCAAUUUAUUUAUUAUUUUUGUGCUAGAUGAGUGGUGCAUCAUUGUACAAAUGGAAUGUGUACAUCAGUUUUGUGACUUGCAAUACUUUCAAAAGAUGUCCAACUUCUUGGACUUAUUUUGCCAUACAUCAUCUUUAGCUUUUACAUUGUGAGCAACAAUUCAAUCAUUGAGACGUUCAAUUUAAAUAUCAUUAAAGCACUUAUUGAAUUACUGCAUAAAAUUUAAUUAGUUUAAAUCAGCAAAACUUGUAUUCAUAAAUUCUUCUAUAUUCAGAAUCUGAAAUAUUUAAUAUUUACAUAAAUAUAUUAUUCAACUUUAAGUUUCAUUGCAAUUAUAAGAUGCUUAAAUAUUGAUGCUUACUUUCUAAAUCAUGAGGUAUGCAGAAUUAAAAAACUCCCUUUGAGCUGAGUUGAAAACUUUGAAUCAUGCUUAUUUUAUAAAUUAUGGCAAUAAAGUUUGUAAUAUAAAUAUU